CUGUACCGUCAGUCGCGAGAGGGAGAGGGGACAGUAGCUAUAGAAACAGUCAGAAGACCAAUCCACGGCGAAAGGAGAAGAGCAAUCUAUAGCGAGCGCAUUUCAACAAAUUCCGUGCCAGGAAACUGUGAAAAUACAGUCGCGAUUAAAAAAAGACAGACAAUGACAUUGUGACCGUCCAAUGAAACGAAAGGCAACAAGAAUAUAAAAUCUGACGUCAAGCCAACAUUCACCAAACAGGAAAAGAUAUUACUAUGACAACGACAGCUGGACGUUAGAAUCAGAAACGGACUCUUUUUGGAAAAACCUGCCCUUCUCCAUUUUUGACUGACAGCAACUGUAUCCAAUCACUGACUGGAUAGCACAACAAUGGCGUCCUAUAGCCCUGCCCCCACCAAGGAGGUGGUGCCAGAGGCGACCAAUGGCUGCGGGCAGCUGCAGAAGGCGGAGCCGGGCGAGUCGAUGAAGCUGAAGAAGGAGAUCUCUCUCCUGAACGGCGUGUGCCUGAUCGUGGGGAACAUGAUUGGCUCAGGCAUCUUCGUGUCGCCCAAGGGCGUGCUGAUGUACAGCGCCUCCUACGGGCUGGCGCUGGUGGUGUGGGCCAUCGGGGGGGUGUUCUCUGUGUUCGGGGCACUGUGCUACGCCGAGCUGGGCACCACCAUCACCAAGUCCGGCGCCAGCUACGCCUACAUCCUGGAGGCCUUCGGCGGCUUCCUGGCCUUCAUCCGCCUGUGGACCUCCCUCCUCAUCAUCGAGCCCACCAGCCAGGCCGUCAUCGCCAUCACCUUCUCCAACUACAUGGUGCAGCCUGUCUUCCCCACCUGCAUCGCCCCCUACCUGGCCAACCGCCUGCUGGCUGCCGCCUGCAUCUGUUUACUCACCUUUGUGAACUGUGCGUAUGUGAAGUGGGGAACGCGCGUCCAGGACUUCUUCACCUACGCCAAGGUCAUCGCCCUCAUCGCUGUCAUCAUCACCGGGCUCGUCAAGAUCUCCCAGGGUCAGACGCAGAACUUCGAGCACAUGUUCGAUGGCUCCUCGCGGGACCCAGGGGAUGUGGCUCUGGCCCUGUACUCCGCCCUCUUCUCCUACUCCGGCUGGGACACCCUCAACUUCGUCACCGAGGAGAUCAAAAACCCCGAGAGGAACCUUCCCCUGGCCAUCGCCAUCUCCAUGCCCAUAGUGACCGUGAUCUACAUCCUCACCAACGUGGCCUACUACACCGUGCUCGACAUGCACUCCAUCCUGGACAGCGAUGCUGUGGCUGUGACGUUUGCUGACCAGGUGUUCGGGGUGUUCAACUGGACCAUCCCUCUCGCUGUCGCCCUCUCCUGCUUCGGGGGUCUGAACGCGUCCAUACUCGCUGCCUCCAGGCUGUUCUUCGUGGGCUCCAGAGAGGGCCAUCUCCCUGACUACCUGUGCAUGAUCCAUGUCCAACGCUUCACCCCCAUCCCAGCCCUGCUCUUCAACGGGGCCAUGGCGCUGGUGUACCUGUGUGUGGAGGAUAUAUUUAAGCUGAUUAAUUACUACAGCUUCAGUUACUGGUUCUUUGUGGGCCUGUCAAUCAUGGGCCAGCUCUACCUGCGCUGGAAGCAACCGGACAGGCCACGCCCCCUGAAGCUGAGCAUCUUCUUCCCGGCGGUGUUCUGCCUGUGCACCGUGUUUCUGGUGGUGGUCCCGCUCUACAGCGACACCGUCAACUCCCUGAUCGGCAUCAGCAUCGCCCUGUCCGGAGUCCCCGUCUUCUUCCUCUGCUGCUACAUGCCCGCCCACCGGAGGCCCCUUUGGGUCCGGAGUGCCAUCGCCUCCUGCGGCAGACUGAUCCAGAAGGUCUGCUACUCAGUCCUGACGGAGAUGGACACAGACGACGAUAAAACCCAGUAAAUAAAUAAAAACAUCAAAUCAACAUGUCGACCACUGACCCAUGCACAACCCAGCACCAACUCCACCGAGACCGAGGACACAUCUGCCCACCCACCCCCGCUGAUGGACAUAACUGCCAGCCAGUUAGGCACGAGGGGUGGAACCCGUCGCCGUGGCAGCAGAAUGACAGCAGAAUAUCAUGUCAUCGGCAGGACUUGGCUCCCACACACAAACUGAUCUCAGAUCAGCCCUACGCACCCCACACACAGACACUAGUAAAGGGUCACUGGCAGUAAUGGUGAGUCACAGGGAGAGAGGAUUCAUACUCUAGGCCUGGGGCCUCUGAUAACACAGUACAGGGCAGAUAUGAGAACAGCCAUCCUGACGUAAUGAGAAUCACAUCUCCACCUUCACAGAAUCACAUCUCCACCUUCACAGAAUCACAUUCCAGCGCACCCAGUACGUACAUAUCUUGUGAGGGGUAACAUAUUGUGAAGGCACUAGUCAUCACUCAAACUGACGUUUAUAUCCGGAGUGGAGCUGGACUUUAGUCUUGGGGUGUAG